GUGAUAGAACAGCUCAAUACUUCCAGCGUGUUUUAGUCUUCUUGUAUGUACAUAGUAUAUAAACAAACCGUCGUGUGGCAUUUAACAACAUAAACUUUAAAACCGCCGAAAUGGACAGUGAUUAUGUUUUCAAAAUCUUGCUUAUUGGGGAUUCCGGUGUUGGGAAGUCUAGUUUAAUGCUGAAAUUCACGGAUGAAUCGUUUACAGAGACUUAUAUCAGCACAAUCGGUGUAGACUUUAAAAUCCGGACACUUGAAAUUGACGGGAAAACAGUGCGUUUACAGAUAUGGGAUACAGCGGGACAGGAACGUUUUAAGACCAUCACCACAGCUUACUACAGGAAUGCCGACGGGAUUUUAGUGGUUUAUGACAUCACGGACAAGGAAUCUUUUCAAAAUGUGUCUAAAUGGCUAGAAGAUGUAGAGAAUUAUUCCAACAAGAGAGUUUACAAGGUGCUGGUAGGGAACAAGGCCGACUUACAGCCCAAAAGAGUGGUCAAUUAUACAGAGGCAAAGAACUUUGCAGACCAGCAUAAUAUUCCUGUGAUAGAAACAAGUGCUAAAACAUCCAACAAUGUAGAACAACUGUUUGAAUCCAUGGCAUCUCACCUCAAAGAUCUGAGUGACAAUGGAAGAACUCCUAUACGAGACGAUACACCAACUAUUAACAUCAACAUUAACAGGAAGUCUGUCAAAAAAGAAAACUGCUUCUGUAGCUAAAUUUACACUGAAUCUGUAAUUGAUUUACAAAUGGAAUCGGUCAGACCAAGCACUUCUUCAAGAGAUGUUGGUAGAGUUGUCUCCCUUUUGGGGAAAAAUCACUCAGACUGUGAUAACUUUCCUCUGCAAGUCUCCUUCUUGGAAACAGUAAAACAAA